AUGCAGGUGUCGCUACGCACCUCCCUGCUGCUGCUGCUGCUACUUGUGCUGCUGCUGCCGGGCACCUCGGUAGCCCUGCAGUGCCCCCCGCGCUGCGACUGCCCCCCGACCUCGGGCUCUGUGCUGUGCGCGCGCCGCCGCCUCCUCGCCGUGCCCGGGUUCGCGCCGGGGUCCGCGCGCUCCCUGGACCUGGCGCGAAACCACGUGGCGCGGCUGGGCGCCGGGGACCUCGCGGCCUGGGCUGCCCUGGAGGAAUUAGACCUGAGCGAGAACGCGCUGGGCGCGCUGGAGCCGGGCUCCUUCGCGGGGCUCGGCGCCCUGCGCUCCCUGUCGCUGCGCUGUAACCGCAUCGAGGUGCUCCCGAGCAGAGCCUUCGCGGCUCUCGGCGCCCUGCAGCGGCUGGACCUGAGCGGCAAUCGCAUGCGCGCCGUGCCGCGCGGCGCCUUCUCGGGCCUGGGCGCCCUGAGCAGCCUCGAUUUGUCCGAGAACUCCCUGCUGUGGGUGGCGCAGGGCGCCUUUGAGGGUCUGGGCGCCCUGCGCUCACUGUCGCUGCGCCGCGCGGGGCUGCGCGCCCUGCCGAGCAGCGCCCUCACCCGGCUGCCCGCGCUGUCCGAGCUGGACGCGUCGGGCAACUCCCUGCGCGUGCUGGGCCCUCGCUGCCUGCGGGGCGUCCCGCGCCUGCGCGUGCUGCGGCUGUCGGGCGCGGGGCUGCGGCGCGUGGAGCCGGGCGCCCUGCGCGGCCUCUCGGCGCUCCGCGACCUCGACCUCUCAGAGAACGCCCUGGACUCCCUGCCCGAGCGCGCCGGCGCCCCGCUCGCCCUGCGUGCCCUGUGCCUCGACGGAAACCCCAUCGCGUGCGACUGUCGCCUCCUGUGGCUGCGCACCCGGCCGAGUCCCGAGGCGCUGCUGGGGGGCGGCGAGGGCCCCCCCUGCGCGGCGCCCCCCGAGGCGCGGGGGGCGCGGGUGCUGAGCGCCCCGCUGCGGUGCAGGGCGCCGAGCGUGAGGCUGCGCGCGGGGCCCGUGGCGGUGCGCGAAGGGGGCGCCGUGCGCAUCCCGUGCAGCGCGAGAGGGGACCCGUCCCCCAGCCUCGCGUGGAGGGACCCCCGGGGCCGCUGGUACGAGCACGAGGGGGAUGAAGACGAUGAGGGGGGUGAACAGCAGGGGGAGGCAGGAGAGCAGAGCGAGAAUGGCGGGGAGGAGGAAGAGGAGGAUAAGGAGGAGGAGGAGAAGGAGGAAGAAGAUGGGGAAGAGGGGACGAAAGAGCCAAUAGCGAAUGGAGAACAGGGAGACACCAGGGAGCAGAGAGGAGGUGGUGAUGAGGAGGGGGGGAAGCAGGGGGGUGAUGAUGAUGAUGAUGAUCGAGAGCGCGGGCCCCGGCUCCGCGUGCUGCGGGAUGGCUCGCUGCUCCUCGUGUCGGCGCGCGCGAGGGACCGCGGCUCGUACACGUGCGUGGCCUCCAGCGCCGCGGGCCGCCACCUCCGCGCGGUGCCCCUCGUAGUGUCGGGGCCCGGGGGGGUCCCGCCGCCGUCCCUCUCCGACCCCUCCGACUCGGACGCUUGGGACCCAGCGGACCCCUGGGAUGGCGUCGAUCCCGCAGACUCCGAGGAUUUCAACGCGACGGGGACGCGCGGGGAGGCGCGCGAGCCCGCCGGGACCCCGCUGACCCCGCUGACCCCCUUGCUGCUGGUGUCCGCGGGGCUGGGGGGCCUCACCUUCCUCGGCGUCGUGAUUCUCUGCCUCCUGGUCCUCGCCGCGGGAACGCGGAGUUGGGGCCACAAGAGGAGGAGGAGGACGAGGCAGCGAACGGAGCUAGAGUACGGGGGGACCCGCAGAUCGAGGGGGGGGGCCAGGAGCCCCAGCCGGGCUCCCCCUCGUCACUUCGUCAUGAGGAUGAUGUGAGCUUCCUAGCAACGGUGGCGCUAGGUACGCUAAACCCAAGUACAAGUGUAGGGUCCCAAUUAGCUCAAGGGGAUAUGGUUUUAUGAAAUGUAGAAGUGCUUCAAUGAUCAGAUGAAAUUCUAAUCAAAAUAAACAUAACAAGAUAAUCAACAUAAACAGCGAAUUAAUCUCUCCUCUGUAUCAUGUCUGCAUCCUUCUUCUCAUUUCACUCCAUCCGUCUCGCCUGGAUCUCCUCUCAUCUCGCUACAGCUCUAUCUCUUCUCUUCAUCUAUUCUGCCAUCUCCCCUCCCCACUGAAGAGAUGGGAAUAACAAAUACGGAAGACGAAGCACACGUUUUUUUUUAAAUGGUCUAACUUUUCCAUUUAAUUAUUCAUGUUCAUAUUUCGCCAGAAUAUUCUAAAAUCCGAGAAAAAAUAAAACUCACAAUGCAUAUUAUCUUGACAUUAUUUUAUUAGAUUAAAAAAACGCAGCUUACUCGCAGUGCUGAGAGUACAGGAUGAUUGUGAGCAGAGUAUACACAUCACAGCUGUUCCAUUUAUUUCUGUUGCGGAGCAACAGCGGGUUCUCUCCUCGUUAUGUUUACCAAUCGUAAACGUGGAGCUGUAUCGCAUCCGUGCUACACGUGACCAUCCCGGCGUCUUUGUGCGCUCACCGCAACACCACGUGCCACCACCGUCGCCGUCGUCAUCACUCGUCCGCCAUAACGCGCGCUGUGGUCGAUGUCUCCGUGAAAUUCGUUCGCAAUUGCUUCAUCAGUAGCUGUAGCAAUGUCCUCAAAGUGUUGUGUGUAAAUCAACGUCGACGUCACUUCAAACAAAUCCGACCGCAGUCCUGUUCGUAAGCCAGUGAUUCGUAGCUUGGGAGGGGGCAGGGGCGGGGGAGAAGGACUUGAAUUCAGCAGUGGAUUGGCCAUGGCCGAUUACGAUGGUGAGCAAUAGCAACUCCCACACGUGUAGUGGCAUUGCCUUGGAUACUGUACGUGUAACAAUAGUGUAGUACAGUAGCAUUGUUUUGUUGUGAGUUUCCAGGUGGCUCCACGGGGCCUCUUUUUAUUUUACAAUCUUUUUUAUCAGAGCACUGGUCAGUUGUUGUGGAGUACAGUGAGUCCUCGUUGAACGCGAUAGAUGCGUUUCUGAAAAGUGCCACGUUAAGCGAAAAACGCGUUUAGCGAAAAAAAAAUCCCGAUAAGUAAUGUAGCGAUAAUGUUUGGGGCGAGAUACGAUGUACUACACACAGUGAGAUGGCGGGCCAAAUAACUUGAGGGUACGCCGCCACGUGACUGUUCAGCCGUGCAGCUCUAGAAAGUAGUUCGUCAUCGACCGCUCAGAAACCCCGUUAUAACGGACACGUUCCGCGUUAUAACGGGCGCGUUCCGCCUUAUAACCGGCGCGUUCCACCUUAUAACCGGCGCGUUCCGCCUUAUAACGGGCGCGUUCCGCGUUGUGCGAAAAGUCUUCCCAAAUGGAAGAACCGCGUUGUAGCGAACACGCGUUGUGCAACCACGUGUUGAGCGAGGACUUACCUACGCAACUAUGUACCCUAUACGAUAGCUAUAAGGUUCUGUCAUGCUUAAGUUGCCAACAGACGUUAAUGAUUUCACGUUUACCAUACGGGCCCACGCUGGGGGCAACCGCCAAUGUUGUACAGUACUGUGCUAUGCUACAACGUCUAUGCUGCCUGCGCCUUCACCAGCAAAUGGUGAAGUAUGUCAAAUAACCGCCAUGACACCGCACGUGAGUGGGGAGUUUGGAGGCCUCUCAUCCAGCAGUGGAGUGGCAAUAAAAACAGCCGUGUGUCCUUAUUUUUUCGUUUGUACAUAUGAGUUGUUUAUUUAAAUAUCAUUGUUAUAUUUUUACUGUACCCCCUUGUUAUAGAGAUAAUUUAUUUUAAAUAAACGUUAUAUUAUUAUUA